UAUUUAUGAGUUUAUCACGUUACACGUAUACGUAAUUCAUUUAUUAUAUUUCGAUUGGUGUUAGUUGUUAUUUGUAUUCUGUACUAGUACUGUGUAAAAUUAAUAACAUAGAAAAAAAUAUAGUGGUGUUAAUAAUCAAACAUUUUGCGAAGCUUUUUUUUAAAUUUUGUUAGUGAAAAUAAAGAAUGUCAGAUCAAAGACCUCGUGGUCGAGGCCGUGGGCGAGGUGGUGAUAAAGGUGGUCAACCACCGCAACAAAGAGGCCCACCUCAAUCAGCAGCUGGUGGACCGGCACAACAAAGGGGUCCACCUGCUUCACAAGGAGCAUGGGGUGCAGGGCGCCCUCAACAACAAUCUGCACCUGCUCCUCAAGGAGCAUGGAGUGCGGGGCGCCCACAACAAGGCCCUACGGGUCAAGGUGCCUGGGGUGGAGGUCGACCUCAACAGGCACCACAAGGACCUCCUGCACCUGGUGCAAGCUGGGGACCACGGCCUGGUGGUACUGGUGCAGCACCACAACCUAGACCCACAGGCACACAAACCACAGCUGGUAGAGCAACACAUCGCCAAGCAGCGGUAGAACGAAUUACCGAACAAGUUGGUCGAAUGGAAACAGGAUCUGCAAGAGGAAGUGGUGAACCCGACGCAGGAACAAUGGGUUCUGGGCGUGGUGCUACCCGAGGACGUCGUAACGUCGCUGUUGAUAUACUAAGAACUCGCCCUAUCUCUGUAACAACAAAAUCAGGUUCAACGGGCGAAGCAAUCCGCUUACAAACUAACUACUAUGAAUUAUUAAGUACGCCAGAUUGGAAGUUAUUUGAAUAUUCAGUAACUUUUGAUCCCAGUGAAGAUAGACUAGAUUUUCGUCGAAAAAUGAUGCGUGUCCAUGAAAAAACAUUAGGCGGGGGCGGAUAUAUAUUUACGGGCGGUAAUUUAUAUACAACACACCGAUUAGGGAAAGAUAUACUCGAAGUAUUUUCCGACCAUCCAGUAGAAGAAAAACCUAUUCGUAUAACUUUAAAGUUAUCUCAAGAACUACCGCCGACAAGUCAUCAGUAUCUCCAACUAUUUAACAGCCUCAUCAGAAAUUGUUUAAGAUUUUUAAAAUUGCAACUUGUAGGUCGAAAUUAUUUCGAUGCUAAGGCCAGUGUUGACAUUCGUGACCAUCGAAUGGAACUUUGGCCGGGAUACGUUACCUCUAUUCGUCAACAUGAGACGACAAUUUUAAUGUGCUCAGAAAUUACGCAUAAAGUAAUGCGUCGUGAUACCGUUUUAGAUUUCCUUAAAGAGUGUUAUCAUCGUGAUGCCAAAGAAGCUCGACAACUUUUUGAGAAAGGUAUUAUUGGGGCUGUUGUUCUUACGGACUACAAUAAUCGAACUUACCGAAUAGAUGACGUCGAUUGGGAGAAUUCCCCAUCAAGUACAUUCAAAUUACGUACUAAUGAGGAAAUUUCAUAUGCUGAAUACUUCAAAAAGAAAUAUCAAAAAAAUAUCGUAGAUAUGCGUCAACCCAUGUUAAUAUCCAAAGCAAAGCCGAGAGAAAUUCGUAUGAACAUGGCUGAUCUCAUUUAUUUAGUUCCCGAACUAUGUCGAAUGACAGGACUUACUGAUUCACAACGUGCUAAUUUCACUUUGAUGCGAACUUUGUCGGAAUAUACACGUGUCGCUCCAGACAAUCGUAUACAAAAAUUACAAGAAUUUUCACAAAGACUGUUAAAAAACAGCGAUAUUACAAAUUUAUUUCGACAAUGGGACCUAAAGCUAUCCAAUGCAUUGGUUGAAGUAGCUGGUCGAGUUCUUCCACCGGAAACAAUUUGCGCAGGAAAUCAAGUCAAGUUUUCUGCGGGUCCAAAUGCAGAUUUUACUAAAGAAUUACGUGCGAAUCCAAUGCAUAUAAUUGCUCCUGUUAAUCAGUGGAUUUGUGUCUGUCCAAGUAUGCUUAAAAAUGAAGCCUUCAAUUUUGUUAAAAUGAUUGUCAGAGCCUCCGCUGGUAUGAGUUUUAACAUACCAACUCCUAAAUUACAUGAAAUACAAAACGAUUCGGUACCUAAUUACUUGGAAGCUUUAGAACAAGCAAUUAAUAACCAUAAGCCUCAAAUGCUCCUUUGCAUUGUUACAAACAAUAAAUUGGAUCGAUACUCAGCGAUUAAAAAGAAAUGUUGUGUAGAUCGUCCUGUUCCAACUCAAGUUAUUGUAGCCAAAACAUUGAGAAAUAAAGGUGCCAUGUCGAUUGCCACCAAAGUGGCAAUUCAAAUUAACUGCAAAUUGGGUGGAGCAGCUUGGGGAGCUGAAAAUCCCCUUGGGGGGCUUAUGGUGGUAGGUUUUGAUGUCUAUCACGAUACUAUGAAUAAAGAUAGAAGUUUUGGAGCGAUGGUCGCGUCAAUGAAUCGAUCCUGUUCACAGUACUACAGUACCUGUACACCACAUACACAAGGAACGGAACUAAGCAAUGAUUUCGCAUUAAACAUGGAAAGGGCAGUAAUGAAGUAUAACGAAAUUAAUAAAAAAUUGCCUGACCGUAUAUUGAUUUACCGCGAUGGCGUUGGUGAUGGCCAAAUUCCAUUCGUAUAUGAACACGAGUUAACAUUAAUUAAACAAACUCUUAGUAAAAUUUACGGUGAAAACCCUGUAAGAAUGGCAUUUAUAAUUGUGAGUAAGAGAAUCAACACGCGAUUUUUCUACACACCACCAAACAAAAAUCCAGAAAAUCCACCACCAGGAACGGUGGUAGAUAAUGUUAUCACUUUACCUGAAAGAUAUGACUUCUUUAUUGUAUCACAAUCCGUGAAGCAAGGAACAGUUUCACCAACAUCAUACAAUGUGAUCAAUGAUACGAGUGGAUUAGAUCCAGAUAAAAUUCAACGUUUGACAUACAAACUGUGCCACAUGUACUUUAAUUGGAGUGGAACUGUACGAGUGCCGGCUCCAUGCCAAUACGCCCAUAAAUUGGCCUUUUUGGCUGGAUCUUCGUUACACAGAUCACCAAGUCCACAAUUGGCAACAACUUUAUAUUAUCUUUAAAUUUUGUUUUUUCUACUGAAUUAUUUGACUUGGCUUAUCUGCUAAAUUUUUGUAAACUUUGAAUUUUCCUUGAUUUUUAAUCAUUUACAAUUAAUUUAGUUAAGAAUUAAGUUUGUUUUGAUAUGAUUUAGAUUUCUUUUUCGUAAAUAAUCAGUAGUGUUGUGGACUAUUCGGGGCUAACGAAUUAUUAGAAGUCUCUAAAAAUGCAUCAGUCUUAAAUAUAUCAAGUUAAAAUGGAAUUUUAUGAAUUAAUAGUAAGAGACGGUAUAAGGUGGAACUUCACCCAUCUG